AUGGGAAGCUGCAGGAUGGGUGUCGAUUCGAAGCAGUCUGUGGUGAACCAGAUGGGAGAGACAUGGGAGGUGGAGGGACUUUUUGUAGCAGACACAAGUGUCUUCCCAACGGCUUUAGGAGUAAAUCCAAUGGUCACUGUUCAGGCUAUUGCUUACUGCACUUCCCAAUCCAUUCUUCAAGUACUUAGGAGAAAGAAGGUAGAACAUAAAAACUGA